AGGCUGUAAGCCUUUGCUGGUUUUGCUGCUAUUAGCCAGCGAGAACUGAUCUGGUUCCUAUCGUGGAACCUGAUGUUGACUUCGCUGAAGACUCAGACCUCAAGAAGAGCGUCGAGGUUCACGUGAAGAUCAUCAACAUGAUUUAUACGAGAUGCGCUCCACACGGUGUGCUACUCGAGGCGCUCACGCAGGUUCUCUGAUUAAGCCUUCCUUCCCGCAACCUAGCCUUAAGUACCCUUCACGUUCUACCACGUCAGUUGAGGAGAUUGGCCUGGCCACAGCUAUAGUCCUUGCUCGUUCAGUCCCUGUUGCAGUACCGGGUGUUGUCUUCCUCUCAGGUGGUCUUCUGACUCCGAAUGCAGUAAAGUACCUCAAUGCGGCCAAUGUUGUCGCCAACAAGGUUCCCACUAACUUCCCUCUGUGUCUUUCUCGUCUACCUCCUCUCACGUUCUCGUUUGGACGCGGUCUUCGAGGCGAUGCUAUGCAGAAGUGGGUGAAGGGACGAUGAAGCUGGUGCAAAAAUUACGUUUGAGGCCAGGGCCAAGGCUUGCU